GGAGGGUGAAGCGUGUGUUAAAGUCUGAGAGGCAGAGAUGUCACAGAAAACUAACAUGCAGUGUUUAAUACGACCUUACAGGCCUACAGACAAGUCUGCGGUCAUCUCUCUCCUCCGCCUUGGGAUUCUGGAACACAUCUAUCCAGCCUUCUUCAAAGCCAUGAUGCACACGGAUCACAUCGGCGUGACCCUCAGCAUCUCUGUUGCAGGUUAUGUCCUUGGCGGGAGCUCCUACCUCCAGGCUUUGCUUUUUGGAGAGCUGUGGAUCAGUUUAAUUUACUUUUGCUGCUACGACUUCUACGACAGCUACCUCAAGAGAAGACUCGAUGUGGAAAUGUCCGACAUUCAGGCCAACUUCCUGGAUAGCCCUGCGAGUAAUUUUUGGGUGGCUGAGACGGAGGUGAACGGGACAUCAAAUGUGGCCGGGCUGCUGGCUGUAGUUGGUGUUCAGGAUGGAGUAUCAUGCAACAGGAAUGACGGUUGUGAACAGGCAGGAUCUCUGGGUGGCAUCUUUCAGUUGAUUGUGUCCUCUCCUCAGCGUCGUAAGGGUUUGGGAAUUCGGCUGGUGGAGACCGCUGUAGAGUUCUGUAAGGAACAGGGCUUUUCUCGUGUGGUUGUGGAAAUCAGCUCACCACAGACAGCUGCUCUUUCACUGUUUCGCAAACUUGGAUUCACUGUGACAAACAAUAAUACACCCUCGAACCCUUGGGUAUCAAAACUGGCAAGGAUCAAUAUAAUACGAAUGGAAAAGUAUCUUUAAAUGUCAUGUUAUCUGUUAAAUAUAAAUAAGUGCCUCUAAACUUUUGCACGGUAGUGUUAAAUAUGUGGUGUCUUUGUGAUAUCUAUUGUGAUAUGAGAACUAAAGGAAAAGCAUAGGCAAUAAACAACAGAAAAAUUAUAAUGUGUGUGCUCUUGUCCAUUAGAUAUGUAGUGUAAAUAGUGAAUCUGAAAUACUUUAAGCUUUAAGGAAAAGUUUAAUCCUGUUAAUCUGCUAAACUAUAAUGCUACUGAAAUGCAAAACCAAAGAAAGGAGCUGAAUUUUUUGAAUUCUUCAGGCAGAAUAAUGUUAUGCAUGUAAGUCAAUUGUGUAAGUGAGAAUAAAGGGUCUAUUAUUUAC